AUGUUUGUUUUCUGCUUUGCGCGAGGGAGGGCAUCUUCGCCAGUCUGGGUCGCCGAUGCAGCUCGAGCUUCUAGCAGUGUGGGGCACCCCGCAGGAGCUCGAUAGGCCGUACUGUUCGGAGGCCCCGGGCCGGGGAGAGACAGCGGUCAAGGUAAGGAGGAAGAGACCGGUCUCCCGGGGCCUCGGUCGGGGGAAGCCCCUGCUGGAGACCUGCAGGUAAGGAAACGAACCUCCCAGCGCCCCGGUCCCCCGGCUGGAUGCGCAUCCCCGCGCGUGCGCCGGAUGCGGCCCGGGUCAAGGCGCCCGUCCGAUUGGCUGCGGCCGGCGCCUAGAAGCGGCAUUGCGCGUGCGCGCUCCUUCCGCGCGGUCUUGUGCCGUAGGUUUUGCUCUUCAGCCUCCGCUGUCUCCGUGGCACCCCCAUCUUCCUGUCUAGGGUGCUCGUUCCCGUUGCUCGGAAUGUUCCCGGAACUCAAUAACCUUCUCAACACCACCCCUGACCAGGCGGAGCAGGGGAAACUGACUCUACUCUGUGAUGCCAAGACAGAUGGCAGUUUCCUUGUGCACCACUUUCUCUCCUUCUAUCUCAAAGCUAAUUGUAAAGUCUGCUUUGUGGCACUCAUCCAGUCCUUCAGUCACUACAAUAUCGUGGGACAGAAGCUGGGUGUCAGCCUGACCACAGCGCGGGAAUGCGGGCAGCUCGUGUUCCUCGAGGGUCUCAAGUCUGCGGUGGACGUCUUCUUUCGGCCUCAGGAGGAUCCACACCCCCUGCAGUUCCUCAGGGAGGCCAACUCUGGGAACCUGCAGCCGCUGUAUGAGUUUGUGCAGGAGGCCCUGAAGCCCAUGGACAGUGGGGAGGCUGCCUGGAGGUGCCCGGUGCUGCUGGUGGACAACCUCAGUGUGCUGCUAAGCCUGGGCGUGGGGGCAGUGGCGGUGCUGGACUUCGUCCACUACUGCAGAGCCACCGUGUGCCGGGAACGGAAGGGAAAUGUAGUGGCCCUUGUGCACGACAGUGGAGAUGCCGAGGACGAGGAGAAUGACAUCCUGCUGAAUGGCCUUGGUCACCAGAGCCACCUGAUACUGCGGGCUGAAGGCCUGGCCACCGGCUUCUGCAAGGACGUUCAUGGGCAGCUGAGGAUCCUGUGGAGGAGACCAUCACAGCCCACAGCCCAGCGAGAUCGGAGCCUCACUUACCAGUACAAGAUACAGGACAAGAAUGUGUCCUUUUUUGCCAAAGGAAUGUCUCCUGCUGUUCUGUGACCUGAUUUAAGGGCCAGCUGAAGCUACCUUGGACUAUUUUUAGUUGUGAAAGAUAAAGCAACUGAGCAGAAAUGGAUCUUUACACCUUUGUUGUGGACUGACAGUUCCGCUGAGACCCAGGGAUGGUGGAAUGGUGCUGUGAUGGUUGCCUUUGUUCCCCUGGGCCCUGUUUAGAAAACACAUGAGGAAGCUGCAACCCUGCCUCAGCUGAGAUGCUGCAUGUUGAACUGGGUGAAAUGGGUCCUUUGGAGCUUUCCUCGUAAACACGCUUUAGCCCCAGCUGCCCAUUUUUGGUUGUGAUGCCUUUCAGAGCCAGAGUGGGUGUGGAUGUACUAGCCAGGAGGCAGUCCUGGAUGGCAGGUGUGCAAGGUGACAGCUAGGAUAUUCGUGGCCGGCACAAAGUGAGUUCCCACCUCAUGGCUUCCUGUGGAUUGUCUCAUUUCAUUUUCACCUUCAUCCUGAAAAAGUAUUUUCUUCUUCAGUCCAGUCAGGAAAUAGGCUUCGAGAGGUUUGGAAGCACGCUCAAAGCUGUAGAGCCUGCUGCCAGUAACGGAGGCCUGACUGAAGUCCACGCUUGCUGCCUGACCCUCUUGGAAACCAGAGGCAGGCUCCUGCCCAGUUCACAAGUUGGCUCUUCUUGUUUCUGUCAUAGCUGAGCACCUUGCCCAUAUGCUGAGGAGACCAAGCCAUCGUGGGCCCGGCACCCUGGCCUUGGCCACACGAGGCCCCAUGUAGGGCACAGGUGUGCAUGGCCUUGGUGAGGGGGGGAAGGAAUGUUCUUGCUGCCAGGUAGGCUAGGACCUUGGGGAGGAGCCGGUGCCUCCCUCACCUGUGAAGACUGAAGGCGGUGAGCUCUUCCCCAGCAUCCUGAAGAUGCCACUUGCCACACUUAGCCCUUCAGUCAGGGUCACCUCUGAGUAUUCUCUUAGAAUGGGUACAUUUUAUUGUAUGUACAUUAUACCACAAAGAAUCUGAUUUUAAAAAUAAAUAAAAUGGAAAAAUAACACUGCUUUGCAGGGACUAAGGAAGUUUCAUAUCCAUUGUUUAAUUUUAACUUUUUUUUUUAACAUUUUUUAGUCUUUGCAAAAGGGAACAAUUUAUCACCCCGCUCCUCAAGUCAUACUGACUAUUGUGUUAGUUUUCCCAUUGAAACAGUAGCUGCUUUUCUUCUCAAAAUACUGCAGACUUGAUAGAAUAUUUUAAAAUCAUGAGUGUAACUUAAAAGAAAGUAGUCAUGAAAGAAUCCAAUGAUUCUUUUAUUAAUACGUCAGUAUUUAUACAGCUUCAUAUGGGCUGCAGUUCUGAAUGGGUAAGGCACCACAAAACAUUUUUUACAUGAUAUGCUAUUAUAUUUCUUCACUUGAUUUAUAAAUGUUUUCAUUAAAUUUUUAAUGUUUAAUG